UCCGCGGAGGGAAGCCUUGUUUUGGCGCCAAACCAUCAGUACAAGGGAUCGAGAGCCUAGGGUUUUACCCGAGCCCCUAAAAUCUCCGAGCCUCGUUACCAAUUUCCUCUCCGUAAUCACUUUCGCUUCCUACGAUCUCCCAUCCAGACCUCGAUCCUGUCCGUACCCGCGUCGCGGCCUCCUCUUCCGUUCCGACCCGGAAAAGUUUGAUCUUUUUGAAUCCUUUAGGGUUUAUGCGUUUGGUUUUAGAUCUCCAUGUUAACUGCUCUUUAAUCCUCAUCCUCUCGUCGUACUUUUCUCGAUUCGAUGUAGUGAACUAAAUUGAUUUGAUUUUUUUUUCUUUUACCGAAGUAGUAGGUGAGCAUGUGAAGUGAGAUGGGAGGAGAAGGUGGUUCACCGGUUAUUAAGGCCAUCAAUAAGGCGGUGGUUCACAGGAUUUGUUCGGGUCAAGUGAUUUUGGAUCUUUCGUCUGCGGUCAAGGAGUUGGUGGAGAACAGUUUGGAUGCCAGUGCGACCAGCAUCGAGAUAAGUCUCAAGGAAUAUGGUGAAGAGCAUUUCAAAGUUAUAGAUAAUGGCUGUGGCAUCUCACCCAGUAAUUUUCAGGCCCUUGCUCUUAAGCAUCAUACUUCCAAAAUAGCAGAUUUUUCUGAUCUUCACACUUUAACAACAUUUGGCUUCAGAGGAGAGGCACUAAGUUCCCUUUGUGCAUUGGGGAAGUUGACUGUGGAAACAAGAACAAAAAAUGAGCCGGUUGGCACACAUUUGACAUUUGAUCAUUCAGUGGUAACAAAUGAAAGGAAAACUGCACGUCAAGUUGGCACCACUGUGACUGUUGAGAAAUUAUUCUCCACUUUGCCCGUGCGAAGUAAGGAAUUUAGUCGCAACAUUCGGCGAGAAUAUGGAAAGCUUGUUUCUUUAUUAAAUGCAUAUGCUAUAAUUGCUAAAGGAGUCCGAUUACUUUGCACGAACUCGACUAGCAAAAGUUCAAAAUCUGUGGUGCUAAAAACUCAAGGAAGCAGUUCAAUAAAGGAUAAUAUCAUAACUGUCUUUGGUUUAAACACCUUCCAAUGCUUAGCGCCUUUGAGUUUAUGCAUAUCUGAAGGCUGCACCAUCGAGGGCUUUCUUUCCAAGCCAGGAUGUGGCAGUGGUCGUAAUUUGGGAGACAGGCAGUUUUUUUAUGUAAAUAGGAGACCUGUUGAUAUGCCAAAGAUCAGCAAACUUGUCAAUGAAUUAUAUAGACUCUCAAAUGCCAAGCAAUAUCCCAUUGCAAUCUUGAAUUUUAUUGUACCAACUACAUCUUAUGAUGUUAAUGUAACUCCUGAUAAGAGGAAAAUUUUCUUUUCUGAUGAGAACUCCCUUAUGCUUUCUUUACGAGCAGCUAUAGAAAGGAUAUAUUCUCCUCAUCAGUGCAGUUAUUCUACCAACAACAUUAGGGAGCGCGAGAAAGAGGCAGAUAUCAUUGACUCGGAUGUUCAUCAUAAUGAUGAGGAGCCCUUGGCAACACCCGAAUCUCCUAAAGGUGGUGGGCUAGCGGAAAUCUCAUCUUGUCAAGAAUUGGUUGUGGAUGAUUACUCACCAAAGACACCGCAAGUGCAGAGUCAGGAUUUCCAUGAGAAACUGGGAACUGUUCAAGGUGACAGAAGCUCUCAACAAAAGGAAUUGACUCUUAAUGCGUGUGAGAUCAACAAAUCUGAAAGUCUUUCUGCCUACCAGUAUAAGCAAUCUAGUAGCUCUGCCAAAUCAACUGCGAAAAUUGAUGGGAAGAGUGCAAAUCACCCAAGAUUAAUGAAGAAAGACAAAGUUUCUCAUUCAAAUCUUGUACAAUCUUCACUUACAAACUUUGUGACUCCAAGUAAGAGGAAGCAUGAAAAUAGAUGCAGUGUGUUGUCUGAAAUGCCCGUUCUGAGAAAUGAAAAUAUUUCUUGUCAAGUCAGAAAAAUAAGUUCAGAAAUGCAUGCUUCAGUCUCAAGAUCCCAUACAUGUAAUGAUCAAGGGGAUAAUUCUCCUGAAGCCAGCACAGAAACAUUAGAGGAGCACCAUGUAUCAUUGAAUAUCUCUAACAGAGAGGAGAUUUCCCUUUCUGGUAAAUAUGACAUGCGUGAUGGAGGAUCUAGUGGGCAGAAUUCAGGAUUACAGGAUACUCCAUUGCUUGCUCAAGCAAACUCUGAAUCUUCACCUGACAAAGAUUUGGAAAUAAAGUCAGCAAACCUUUCAGGCUUUCCUUCAGAGCUUGAAUCACAACACAAAAUUAAUGACACUUUAAAACCUUGUUCCCUUAUGACUAUGUCUUCAUAUUUGCAAUUUAAUAUCAAUGAUCUUAGAAGAAGAAGGCAACAGAGGCUCUCAAGAUUAUGUUCAAACAAUUCAUCAGAUGAUGGAAAGAGGAUUGCAAGGUGUUAUACUGCUGCAACACUUGCGAAUUCUCAACCAGAAAAUGAUGAGGGAAAAGCAUGCUCUUUAGCGGCAGCUAUUGUUGAGUUCGAGAGAUUUUUCAGAAAAGAAGAUUUUGGACGCAUGGAGGUUGUUGGGCAGUUCAAUCUUGGAUUUAUUAUUGGAAAGUUAGACGAUGACUUAUUUAUUGUAGAUCAGCAUGCUGCAGAUGAAAAAUGUAAUUUCGAGCAACUCUCACAAUCAACCACCUUGAACCUACAGCCCCUACUUCAGCCAAUGAGGUUGGAAUUAUCACCAGAAGAGGAAGUAGUAGCUUCUAUGCACAUGGAAGUAAUCAGGAGAAAUGGGUUUGUUUUGAUGGAGGAUGCUCAUGCCCCACCUGGCCAUCGAUUUCUAGUGAAGGCUGUUCCAUUCAGUAAGAACAUAACAUUUGGAGCUGAAGACGUGAAGGAUCUUAUUUGUACCCUUGCUGAUAAUCAAGAAGAUUGCUCGAUAAUUGGCAGUUACAAAAUGGACACUUCUGAUUCUCUAUGUCCAUCAAGAGUUCGUGCUAUGUUGGCUUCACGGGCUUGCCGGACAUCUGUUAUGAUUGGUGAUCCACUGACAAGAAAAGAGAUGCAGCGGAUACUUCAUGAUUUGGCGGACCUCAAGUCCCCCUGGAAUUGUCCUCAUGGUAGGCCCACCAUGCGUCACCUGGCAGACUUGAUCAGUAUUCACAAUGCAAGAUUAAAAGUGGAGUGAUUUCUGGUCUGGCAUCUGUUUUCCACCCCUGGAGACACUGGUGGUUUUUGUUGCCCUGUAUUCAAGAUUUGUGUUCUUGUUGUGGGUGAUGUUUAUGCUUUCUUGUAUCUGUAUCAGUAUUAUUAGUUGAAACAUAAAAAGGUUAUUCUUUUUUUUCUCUCUAAAUUCUGAAGAUGGAUUGAUUGCCACUCAUACUAUGGGAACCAUCAGCCUCUGUGCAAUCACGGCAUGGCACUCUGGGGAAAGCUUUUAAGGUGCAACACAAGCAGCACAGCAUUCCAGCUGUUCAUGAAUAAUUGAGGAAGUAGACUGCUUUGUCUUUUGUUUGAAGUUUUGCAGCCUCAUUAGCCAGCUCAGUUCAUCAUUUCCAUGCCUCAAAUACACUCUUUUAUUUAUAUCAAGUUGUUUAUGUUUCUUUUGAAAGAUGAUAUAUUCCAGUUUUGCAGUGAAAUUUUAUUUAGCUGGCUUCCUUGAUGAAGAGAAUGUGGCUCCAGUGACUCAGACAACUCAGGGCUGACAUGGACCAUCAGAAAAAUUCACCUUCUUGCAAGACAAUGGGCUUCUGUAUUUCUUUGGUAUUUUCCAUGAGAACAUUGAAGCCUUGAACAUGCUCCAAAUCUCAAAGUCCUCAAGGAUAUCUGAGAAACGCAUCUUUUUGCCAAAACAAUGAUGUAGGUAUAAUCUGGAGGAGUGCUGCCUGAGACAUUCCUGGCAUUUCGACCUAGGGGGUAAAGAUGCUUCCUCUGUUUGCUGUUAUAUCUUCAUUCUGAUUCUCUUUUGAAGACUUGUAUCUGACUGGGCUGUUUAACAACCUCUCACUCCAAUGGUUUAGAAAAUUGUUGCUCUGACCUUUAUUUCUAAUUUGUGGUGCAUAUCUAAAAUUAUUUCAAGUAAUUGAAGAUUUUUUUGAAGAUAAA